AUGGAGCAAGUCAGCAACGGGAAGAACUUUUCGGACGAUUCACAAAUGCUCUACGCCCUCUUUGAAACUGAGAGAUACCUUUUCCAGGUAUGGGGCAAGAGAGUCGGUAUUGAGAAACAGUCCGACUUUCAUCGUUGUCUAGACCCAACAUCGCCUGAGUACCCGAGGGUUCGGGCUAUCCUUAAAGGUCUUGAGACGAUCCUGAGUAAUGGAGACGAUCUUUGUAAAAGGUAUGGAGUGGUUAGCAAGAAGCAUAUAUCGAUCAGGCGGAAGUAUGUGUGGGCGGUAAGUGACAAAAAGAAGUUCGAUCGCCUGGUGAAGGAUAUUGGGACACUGGUCGAAAAGCUAUCCGCUGUAGCUUUCUUUGAGGAAGACUCCCGAUUUGAUACGGAUAAGAUAAAUAAGAGCAUUGCAACUUUGAUGGCCGCUCUGGACGAAACGGAUCACAAAAGGGCGGAAGAAACGAUCGAGCAGCAGAAACACCGCUUGAAGGUGGAGAACUAUAUUGAAAAUGAGCGGAAUGAGGAGGUCUUGAAGUGGACUGGCGCAAUCUCGACGGAAAAAGAGUACGAUGAAGCCAAGCUGGAGAGAACACCUGGGAUCUGCGGCUGGAUCUUUUCGAAUUCAAAGUUCACCAGGUGGCUUUGUCCUGAAAGCGGCAUCAACACAUCCAGCAUUUUAUGGAUGCACGGCGGGGCCGGGAUGGGUAAAACAUUUAUAUCCGCAAGGAUCACCGAGUAUUUACAACAUCAGUUUCCCCGCCCAACGGCCUUCUUUUUUUGUACUCAUUCAAAUGCCCAGAAGAACCAGACAAUAAACAUAAUUCGCUCCUGGAUUUUCCAGUUAGCCAAGCAAAGUCCUCAAGCCCUUAAAAUCGUCCGCGGGCUCCGAUCCUCCCACAACGAGGCGGUUACCACUGUCCUAUGGGAAACCUUUGAGGUAGUAUUAAAGCAUAUAAACUCUUGUUAUCUUGCUUUGGAUGGGCUUGAUGAGUGUCUUGACUUCGACCCUACCUCAUGGAGCCGAAGAAGAGGUGAGAUGAAGAUCUUUAUCGAAAGACUGAUUAGUUCCAUACCCUCAACUGAUGUGAGGCUUCUCAUGCUCGAACCAUUGCGGAGUUCGAACACUCCCGUUGCCACCACGGCGGCAUUUGAAGAAUAUCAAAUAAAUAGUGAAGAUAACAAAGCGGAUAUUAUAUCCUUUGCGGGUGAUCUCUCUGAGAGCCUUGGAUUCCGCGACAAAGAUAAAGAGGAAAUAUGUAACAAACUAUCUGAGCGCUGUGAGGGAACUUGA